GUUGUGCUGCUGAUGACAGAGCUGAUCAGCCUGUCUGGUGAGGCUGAUCACCUUCCAGCCCCGCCCAGAUACCUGCUGCCUGAUAUGAAACCACUCUGACAAGACGUUAGCAGUCAGGUGUGGUAGAGCUCUGUGGAACGGAACAAAACAAGACGUUUCCUCAUGUUUUCUGACUCCUGUUACAGUUGGCCUGUGUGUGAACCUACAGCGGCCCAUUUCAAACUGAAGAACUGAAGGACUCAGAACCAGGAGGGAGCAGCUGGUUCUGAACAGCACAGGUUGUUCUUCCUAAACUUGAGUCCAGGUUGGUGUUUCUCCUGUCAGGUUAGCAGGAAGCAGCUGACAGUGACCGGAUAUUCUCAUCCUCAUAAGACAAUUUAACAUUGUUUUUAUUGUUGAGCUACCCUCAUCACAUCGUCCCCAUGGACCCCCAGGUGUGUCCCCCCCCACUGAGCAGCAGCCAAUCGGUCAUCAGCUACCUGGACAAGUCCCCCAUCAGCACCUUCAAACCCUCCCACUCCAGGAACAGUAGCACCGGCUCCUCGAAGCACUCCAAACAGUCUCGUGACUGGGAGGUGAUGAACGAGUCAUGUCCAGGUCCAGGUCCAGGCCCAGGCUCCUCCUUGGACCUCAGUAUCCCUGGGAUCUGUGAAGGCUACCUGAUGAAGAGGAGGAAAUACCCACUCAAAGGCUGGCACAAGAGGUACUUCCUGUUGGAGAAAGGAAUCCUGAAAUACUCCAAGACUCAACAAGACAUCCAGAGGGGGAAGCUGCAUGGCUCUCUGGACGUCAGCAUGGCUGUCAUGUCUGUGAACAAGAAGUCCAAACGGAUCGACCUGGACGCUGGAGACAACCUGUACCACCUCAAAGCCAAGAGCAGCGACAUCUUCUACAUCUGGCUGACCAAGCUGUGUGCUCACCGGGUGUUCAGAAAGAACGAGGCCAUGAGCGUCCACCGUGGUGUCCUCCACGCUCUGUCUCUGGGUCAGAACACCCUGCCGGCCGUGUCCGCCCUGUCCCAGCAGAGCUCAGUCUAUCCACAGUAUGCCAGCUCAGCGAAUGCAUACCAUCCAGAAACUGUAAACUCCGCCCCCAACGCCUCCUACCCAGGUGUGACCAACAAGGUGUCUGCUUGGCUGCAGCAGACUCAUGACAUUGAUGUAACCUCUGCAGACCUGGCUCGCAGUCAGGCCGAGCUGACAGAACUGGGUCAGCUGAUCCAGAGGCUCCACUGGCUGGAAGGAGGUCUACCCAUAACAAAUACUGACCUGGAGAUGAGGAUCAGCAUGCAGAAUCUCUCUCUGGAAAAACCCAAGAAGAAGUUAGUAAAGGCGAUGAGUCACUCCAGGACUCUGUCUCGUGUUGAGGCCAUGGGAGGAACGUUCACUUCAACUCACUUGAGCACCAACAAUCUGGCCUCAUCGGUUCAGUCCAUACCAGACUAUGUUUACUCCCAGCUGUCCAACCCUCAGGUCACCUCACCUGAGACCAAGAAACUCCACCAAGACAUUUGCAGUCUGUCUCAGAAGGUUCACGCUUCUCUGAAGUCGAUCCACGAGGUUUUGACCUUGGAGAGGGAGAGACUAAAGCAGGCCUGGACUGGACCGGACCUGAGGCAGAGCACCUCCCAGCAGCUCGCUACACUCUGCACCACCUUGUCUGAGCUUGACAUACAGGCCCAUCACACCAAAGUCCACUCACUUUCCCUGUCCUCUGACUCUUCUGAAGAAUCCUUCUGCACUGUCCGCCCAGACCAGAGGACUCCAUCUAUGGGUCGUCACAGUCACCGUGCUCCCUCAGUGGCAGAGUCCAUGGCAGAGUAUUUUGAUGCCAGUGAGGUGAUUGUAUGUGAGACUUCAUCAGAAGCUGAAGCUUCAGAUGAGUCGGGCCUGAGUGAUGUCACCACCACGAGCAACUCGGAGCCUGAAGAAGGACACUCAUCCACUACCCUGAACUACAGAGAAAAUCUGAAGAGUGCAACUGACAAACCCAACCUUGUGCCCAGAGAUACAGGUCGUCGCACUACUCUUCCCGCCGCGGGAGCAGACAACAGCCAUAUUGGUAUCAUGUCCAUCUUGUACAACAACAUUGGUAAAGACCUGUCCAGAGUCUCCAUGCCAGUCGCUCUGAAUGAGCCGCUGUCUUUGCUUCAGAGGCUCAGUGAAGAGCUGGAGUAUCCUGACCUGCUGGACAUCGCCAAUCACACUGARGAUCCCUUUGAGAGAAUGGUUUAUGUGGCAGCAUUCUCAAUCUCUGGUUAUGCCUGGGCAACCUGGAGAUAUCGGUACAAACCCUUCAACCCUAUUCUGGGCGAAACAUAUGAAAACCACAGAGAAGACAGAGGGUUUUAUUACGUCAGUGAACAGGUCUGCCAUCAUCCCCCCGUCUCUGCCUGCCAUGCAGAGUCUGAAAACUUCACUUUCUGGCAAGAUCAGAGAUGGAAGAACAAGUUCUGGGGAAAGUCUGUGGAGAUCAUUUCUACAGGACUGGUCAACGUUACCCUCCCAAGGUAUGGUGAUCACUACGUAUGGAACAAGGCAGUGACCUGUAUCCACAACGUACUGAGUCAGCAGCGCUGGUUAGAGCARUAUGGAGAGGUGGUCAUAAGAAACAAAAAUAGCGACGAGUGCACCUGCAAGAUUACCUUCGUCAAGUCUCGUUACUGGAGCUCGGACAGCACUAAGAAUGAGGUUCAGGGUGCGGUCCUGAACCGGGCAGGAGAGGUGGUUCAUCGGUUCGGAGGCCUCUGGCAUGAAGGCAUCUUCUGUGACACUCUGCCUACACCGAAGUGCAUCUGGAAGCCCAAUGCGCAGCCUGAUGACUACGCCCAGUUCUAUGGCUUUUCACAAUACGCCAGAGAACUGAACGAACUGACCCCAGACCUGAUAGGUGUCCUCCCACCUACGGACACGCGCUUCAGACCAGACCAGAGGCUUCUAGAGGAGGGGAAAGUGGCAGAGGCAGAUAAAAAGAAAGAUGAAGUUGAAGAAAAGCAGAGAGAGCGGAGGAAGGAGAUGGCCAAGAGAGGGGAGGAGCAUGUCCCUCGUUUCUUCAGAAAAGCUGUGGAUGAAACGGGCCAGGAGGUGUGGUUGUAUGAUGGAACCUACUGGAAGAUCCGCAAAGAUCCAGGCUUUUCUAAUAUAGAAAACCUGGACUUGUGGUAGAGCUGGUCCACAGCUGAGUGAGUGAAGCCAGCUGGAUACUCUACUCUGUGGAAACCUGACGUGACACUUCAAUAGAUCAACUUUAAUAAAUCAGCAAUGGGCACAUGGUGCUGUGCAGUUUCAGAUGUUUAAAGCAUGAAUGAACCUCAGGUGAAGAUGUGAUUCAGAGGUGAGGUGCCUCCGUGGAACAAAGCAAUGAUUAAGCUGAUGGUCUUCAAGCUUCUAGCCUUUCUCCUUCAGAAAAGCCAUUAUUUAAAAUCAAUUGUUAACUUAAAUCCACUUUUUGAUAGAACUUUUAAAAGAAAAGAUUUUUGGUCACAAUCUAGUUCUGUUAAAGCUCUGUCCAUAAGUACUUUACUCCAUAUUUAUAGGUUUUCUAUGCUUGAGUAUUGAGGUUAUAGAUAAAACUGCUGUGGCUUUGCUUUUUCCUAAGUGGGUCUUACAAACAUUGUCUUAAUUUAGUUUUAUACAGUCAUUCCAUUUGUUUUUAAUGUAAUAUAAUUAAAUUGUUUAUUUAGCUACUUUCCCCUUGAUUUAAUGAGCUAAAGACAGGUUUUGUCUUGAUGCAUGCUCAGCUGUUUUUAUUGGAAAAUAAAAUUUUACAAAGAAGAGAUUACUAUUAAAUUCCACUGUUAGUUUUUUUAUAUUUCCAAAUAAAUUUGCUACUUCUAUAAACAUUUGACAAUAAAGUGGUGGUCUAAAAUAAUGAGUAAACUCAGUGAUUUCUGCUUCAAACAUUAAAAACUUUGGUUCUA